AAAAUAAUUGCAUCACCUUCCUCACCAAUGUCUAUUGCAAUAAGCGAAGAUAGAACGAAUAAAGAUGAAAUGAGUAGUGAUGAUGAAUCAGAGUUCGUAUUAGAUUAUAGAUUGUAUAUAAAAACAUCAGAUAGGGUUUCAUUACCUGCCAAGUGGUUUAAAGAAUCUGUAUCUACCAUUGAUGAACUUCUUUUAUCUAUUUAUUUAAUAACAAAAGAUACUAUAAUUAUGCCAAAUAAUUAUUGUGUAAUAUUUAAAAAUCAGAGGAAGACAAGUGCUGGUACUCAGUUAGCCAAUGCACAAGAUUUUAUCAAAUUUAAAUCUGAAUGUACAAAGUUAACUACAAAAAACAAUAGUAUCAAAAUUUAUGUUACAGUUAUACCCAAUAAACGAAAAAGAGAAAUAUCAGAUCUUGAUUCAGAUGAAGAUGAUAAUGCUG